AUGGCCGACACCCGAACGCUGCGCAUUGUUACCGCUGCGACUUUCUUGCCUGCGUUUCCCCUCUGUAUCGCGCACGGCGUCGUCUCAGGCAGCCCCGCCCCCGCGGUCGGCCUGGUGCCGCUCGCCUUCUCAGCCGGCGCAGGUAUUUUUCUAAAUUUGCGGCAGUCUAGGAGUAAGCAGACACCCUCAGAACCGGAGCCGGAAUUGGAACAAGGGGGUACCGAAGAGAGUGCUCUAGAACAAGAAUAUGAACGAGGACCAGAGACGGAAGACACGCAGCAGAGCCGAGAGGCCUCUGAUGCGCCCACCCCAGCUCCAGCGCCGAAAUCGACUCAGGCCCACCCCAUCCUCGUUUUCGCCGUCGAUACGAUCCUUGCUGCAGCACUUAUGGUAGUCCUGGUGUUCACAUGGAUCGAUUCCAGCGGUAGCAGCACUAACAGUGCCGAAUCGGCCAUGCUAGCCGCAUACGCGACUAUUCCACUAUUGAUUAAUUUCUUGAUCCAUCUCUUCCUAGCGGUACGCGAAUUCUCUCGCGGCCUCGCAAUCCCGGGGCUGACGCAAUACCUCGCGUGGCAGGCUGUUCCGCCCGAUUGUCCCAACUGCGGACACCAACUACGACCAGAUGCUCCUCCUAGCCUGCCGUGGCUCGAAGAGGCGUCGCUACCGAGGCCGAGCCUCAAGGUUAAGGCUGUGAAGUGGAAGUUACCAGCAAUCCCGAAGGUGAAGGUGAAGGUGAGGGCGCCGCAAUGGAAGACGCCAGCUUGGUUCAAGAAUCGUGGCGAACGCGGGUACGCGCCCUUGUUCGUUUCUACCGAUCGCGACGACGAGGAAGAGACUACUACGCCGAUUGCCCCGUACAGAGACGACCCCGAAGUAGGCGAGCCGUCUACUCGGCUUGAGGACCCCGAGACGCCGGAGCCCGAAGUGAUUGAUAUCGUGGGUAAGAAGAGCAAGAGGUUGGGGAGAAACUCUUCGUCGUCUCCCUCGACCUAA